AUGGGGAAGCCCAGAGCCAAACCACGCCAGAAGGUGGUGGCCAAAGGGAGAGCACAGGCUAUUCGGCGAGUAUCCAAACAAGCCGCCCGUCCAUCCAACGUAGCACAGAAGCAACGGCCGGCACGAGGUCGAGAGGCACGGCGGGAACCACAGCCUCACGGCUCACAGGAGCAGAGGCAUACGACGGUGGCGGCGGGUGGCGGCGCCACACGGCAGGAUGAGAGGCAGGCGGAGGAGUCUGCGGAGGAAGCCGAGGCCGCGGCUGCAGCGUCUAAGACUCGCCGAAAGGGAGAGGCGUUGGAAGAGGGGGAUGCGGUUGCUGCGGACACCACUGACAGCAACCCAGGAGGCGCGGGAGAUGACGCAAGCACCAACGGUGGACGCGGAGCCUGCACAGGGGGAGGCUGCUGCUGGAGCUGCCACUUCUGCCAACGGUUCAGUCUCUCCUGCUGCCUCUGUCGACGACGCAACAUGUUCGGGUCCCCGAGUCCUCCUCGUGGAGGGGAGCGAUAG